AUGCGGACCUCCUGGCAGGGCAGCAUGGCGGUGCCGGAGGAUCUCGUCGAGGAGUUCCUUCUCCGCCUCCCGCCGGCCGAUCCCGCGAGCCUCUUCCGCGCCGCGCUCAUCUGUAAGCCCUGGUGCCGCCUCAUCUCCACUCCCCGCUUCCGCCGUCGGUUCCGCGAGUUCCACCGCACGCCCCCGACGCUCGGCUUCCUCGCCAAUACCAGCAAGCCGGGACCCGGCCCCUACGUGGCCCGCUUCGUCUCCACCUCCUCCUUCCGCCCGCCGGCCCCCGCCGAGCACCGCGGGUGGCUGGUGCUCGACGCUCGCCACGGCCGCGUCCUUCUCCGCAGCAUCGAACCGGGGAGUCGUCCCAGGCUCAUGGUGUGGGACCCCGUGACGGACGAGUGGCGGCAACUACCAGAGGUGUCUCUGUUCGCGACCGACUGGAACGCGGCUGAAAAUACAUCUUAG